UGCAUUGUGCACUAAACAAGGCUCGCCAAGAAGGCUACUCCCCUUGAGGCCUUGCAAGAAAACUUACACGCCAGCUUCGCCAAGUGCAUUGUCCCUGCAGCUGUUUUGGCGAAGGGGUGAGCCCCAAGGGCUGCAGCUAUGGCAGAAGCCGCCAAGGGCUUUCAAUGGCUCUUCCUUCAUCCGGUGCAUACGCCGAGCACUUCCUCGAGGGCGCCUGUGCCGUGGAUCGGAGAGGAAGGCCGAAAGAAUGGGCGUCGCGAGUCCUUGCUGAACCUCCUGAAGCGGGCAGCUCGCGAUGAAGUGCUAAGCGCAGAUCCUCCCACGGCUCCAGCAGAUGCUACGGAGGCCGGGUUCCUCCGUGCAGUGCCUCCGCCUUCGCUGCAAUUCUCGGGGUGUCACCUCGUGGGUGUGGGGGAGUUGUCUUUGUCAGUGCCCUUGCUCAUGGCAGACCUCGUUUACAUCUCGGCCAGUAGCCGUUCAGAGGUUGUUGAGAAAGAGGAGCAAUAUCUUCUGGCUCUAGCGCCACGCCCUGCAGUGUUACCUUCGACCGGAGACUCCGGAGACUUGGUGCCCCUGGAAGACGUGUGGAUGAUGUACACGUUGCCAGUUCAAUCCAGCGAUUUCCUUCGUCUUCUUUUUCAAUUUGGAAGCCGCGGUGCUUUGCGUUGGGACCUACAUAGGUGCUACAGCCUGACCGAGCGGGCACUGGGUUCCGGUGGCUGUGGCACAGUGUACCUAGGACAGUCGAAGAUGAACCUUCCACCUGCAAAAGAGAGUUCAUCCCGCUUGGACAUGCCGGCUGUGCCACAGGUCGCCAUCAAGAAGCUCAACAAGAGUGGCGGCAUUGCGGAAGAGACUUCAAUCAGAAGUGAAAUUGAGUUUUUGGCGGUGGCCAAGGGCCACCCGAAUAUCACAGCGCUCUUUGGCGUCUUCUGUUAUUUCGAGAACGAGGACCGUGAGGAGGUGCCUCGCAUGCGCUGGUGCAUCGUGAUGUCCUUGUAUGCAGCAGGAGACUUGUUUGACUAUUUGGCUGCCAAUGGUGCGAUGCCAGAACCUGCUGCUGUGACGCUCAUGUUGUGUUUGCUCUCCGCGCUUACCCAUCUUCACCAACUAGGUGUGGUGCACAGAGAUGUGAAAGCUGAGAACAUACUCUUAGACAGAAGCAAAGCAGUCCUUUCUGACCUCGGCAUAGCUGCUUACAUCAAAGAUGAGGAGGCGAUGCAGAAGCGGGUUGGAUCACCGGGCUAUGCGCCACCUGAAGUGGUCACAGACCUUCCAUACGACGAAAAGGUGGAUGUCUUUGGCUCUGGCGUGGUUUUGUUCUUUGCGCUGAGCAACACGUUGCCUUUUCCUGGGAAAAGCCUGAAGAAGGUCUUAGAGCUCACUGCACGCUGCAAGGUCAGAUAUGACGCGAGCCUUUUCGGGGAGUACAGCGGCAGCAUUAUGCAGCUGCUCAAGGCAUUGUUGCAGAAAGAUCCGACAAAGCGGCCCUCAGCCAAGAAGUCCUUCAUUUCACUCUGGACCUUAGCCAAACCUGACGUCCGCAGCAGCAGCGCUGCAAAGGCGGCGUUCCAGGCGGUGGAAGAUGGCGUUGAUCGCGGUUAUCGGCCUGCACCCAGCGCUAGCGCCAGCGCUCCGAACGCGUCUCCAACUGCUGCCACUGGGCCUCUGGGGCCUACUCCGACGACCAGCGCACCGAUGAAAGUGGUUCGCACUUCCUCGCAGCAAGAUGAUCAGGGGAAGGUGGUCAAGCCUGAGAUUUCUGAUUCGCCUAAACCUGGAGCCGUCAAGGAGCCGGGAAUAUCCAGUGCCAGCGACCCCGUCCAUUCCGCGAGCAUGGAGCCAAGACCUCCGAGCGGCCCCAAACCUAGCAGCAGCAGCUUCUCAUUUUGGAAGAACCGCCUGGGAUGGGGCGGCAAAUCUUCGUCUCCAAAGCCUGAAGGUGACAGCUCUCAGGGGACCAGGUGACGAGCUUUGUCAAUCAGG